CAGACUACCUUCAUUAUUGAGCAGCAGGAGAAGCUACGACAAAUCUUUGAAGAAAUGCUUGCUAAGGAAAGAGAAGAGCAGAAGGAGAAAUUACAGGAACUGAGGAAAGAGCAUGAGAUAGAGUUGGCAGAAACAAAGAGUCGAAUUGAAAACGAGAAGAAGGAGCAAAUGAAAGAGCUACAGAGAGAAUGCCAAGAAGAGUCCAGGCAGCAAAUGAUGACGUUAAUGAAUGACCUACGAGCUGAGUUCACUCAAAAUAUGGCCGAAGUGAGAAAGAAAUGCAACAAAGAGCACCAACAACAAAUGGAAGAUUUAAAAAAAGACUUUAAAAAGAGAGAGAAAGAAAGAUUGGAUGCUCUCAAGAAGCAAUAUGACACAGAGCACCAGAAGCAAUUGAUUGAGCUGAGGAAAUACUACGAGGAAGAGCUAAAAGAGAAAUAUGAAGAGGAGGUCAAGGAGCAGAUGCAAAUGCUGGAGGUUGAGUACCACAACCAGAGGGAAAGACAAAUGGACACACUACAGAAGCAAUACUACACUGACAGGGAGCAACAGCUAACCAGCCUCAAGGAGCAGUAUGAAGUCAGCAGACAAAAAUUAGCAACAGAAAUGAAGCAAUUGUAUAAGAGAGAGCACAAGAUGAGAAUGAAGGAAUGCAAGGAGCAAUGCACUAAUGAACAUGAGAGAAUGAAGGAGGAGUAUCGUAUGCAGUCACAGGAUCAGCUGAAAGAAGUCAGGGAAAUGUUUGGAGCUGAAAAGGAAAAGCAAGCGGAAGAGUUCAAGGACUCAUUGAUUGCUGAGAAAGAAAAGUUGAAAUUGACGUUUAAAGAGGAAAUUGAGAAACUAAAACCAGAAGUUGUUUCAUCUGUUCCCAGGCGCCAUUCAAGACCAAGGAGAGUACAAGAAGCAGAAGCAGACACAUGUCAUUUGAUAGAAAAGUUACCUGGUGCUACUCCCAUACCCCAAGAGGCUGUUGCAGGAGCCUCUUCACAGCAAUGCCAGUAUGAUGACAAAAAGCUAAUCAUCAGAAAUUUUCCAAAAUGGUAUACUGAUAGAGAUUUAACUCCAGUCAUUGGGGCGGGCUUGCAGUUAGAUACAAUAACUGAUUUCACACUUGAGCUCAAAUCCUGUGUUGCUGUAUUGACCUUCACUAAAUCCAAAACAGACAAAGAAAUGGAUGACAUCAUAAAAAAAAUAAAACUAGGGUUGGGUUGGACUGUAGAAAGAUGUGAACACAAUUGUGGCAUUGCAAUUGCUGGCAUCAGGACAUCAUGUGCUACUGAAGCUAAACUAACAGAAUAUUUUGAUGAUUUUAUGAAAGGUACUGUUGUUAAAGAAGUUAGAAUAUUAUACAAAAAUGGAAAAUGGCUCGCUAAAGUGACUUUUAAAGAUCAUUCAGUGAUUCCACCAAUCAUGGCAGCAAACCAUGCAAUAGCACUAGGGCUUAAUGUUACAAUAAAGGAAUGUUCAGUGUUUGAUGCCCUGGGUCUAUCAAGUGAUCUUGAUGAAAUCAGUAAAGAGAACAGUAUUAGAUCAAUUUGGGACAAAUUAUGGAAUGAUAAGUCUGUCUCAUUAAACAAAUAG